AUGUCGUCCCUGGCCUCUAGACUGGGACUUCUGACACUUUCUAAUCCAUCAGUGUUGGCAUGCAGUGUUAUCCAAGAAAGGAAUGUGCAUCAUCACAUGGAAAGAGGGAACCUGAAAAGGUAUUUGGGUAUUGGAAGGUCGAAUACAGCAAAAGCCAACAGGAAUACACACAUAAACGAGAAAAAGUUUCGACAAGUAAGUGUUAUUCAAUUAUUGGUUUGGCUUUAAAAAAUUGUCCAUCUUUUUUAAAAUUAUGUUGUUUUAGCUCAGAGGUCGUAAGAAUAUACCUGUCGAACUUCCGGAUUAUCAACUGCUAAGCAAGGCGAAGGACAUGUAUCCAGAUGAGCUUAGGGUUGCUAUGUUGAAGCAGGGAAUGAAUUCGAAUAAAGAUGUUGCUUCAAGACAAUGGAACGAAGCUCAGUUGACAUUAAAUUCGUUUGGUUCGUUUUUACCUAUAUUUUUUUGUCAUUUAGAUGUUGGAGUGAUGUAUUUUCAAUGAAUGAAGAAAUAUGUUUUAAACAAAAUAGUGCUUGAAUUGUUUAUUUUUAGGUUUGGCUAUGGAUAACUAUAUACCACCAGAAGAUCCGCUGCCAAUUUUUCCUGAAAUGAACCAGCCCGUGAGUGGAGCUAAAGCCAAGUUCAGCGAGGUGCAAGAACGUGUUAAACAUAGAUGGUUCAACUACUUUAAUGGCAUGAGGAUCAUCAAGAAGAAAGAGGGAAUGCAAAAGUUUAAUAAAAAGGUACGAAACAUUUGGAUCUUAUUUUUGGAAUAUAAUUUAACAAAUUUUAAGUUUUUUGCUGUUUAUUAUGAAUUUUUUUACGUUUAUUUUUGUACAUCUUAAUGGUUUUAGCUGUGUUACAUUUUCUGUUGUGUAAUUCAAUUGACUAAUUAUUUCAAUGUUAAUAUAAUUUACGUUUUUUUAAUUUUAGGAAUUUGCUAAAACAGCGGAACAAAUUUAUGUAGAUACGUUUGAAGCCUUAUCUAAAAGAGACAAAGUCAAGUUACUCAACUUGAUUACUGAACAUUGUUUUGAAGUAAGGCUUGUUUUUACUAUUAUAUACUAUUAUGUAGAUGCUUUUGUGUAUACACAAUGUAAAAUUUUGAUUUUUAACGACAUAUUAUAUAUUUUACUAUUAUUUAGGUAAUAUCAUAACUUCAAUUAUGUUUUUAUAUGAAUAAUUUGAACUAAUAAACCGUGAAAUCGCAAGGUUUAAUUUAAUUUUUAGAAAAUGUGGCCAGAUGUAAGCGCGAGAUCGCUACAAUGGGAGUUUGUAGAGUUUUCUCAGCCUUCUGAAGUUAUUGCUGUUCGUGCUGGAGACUUUCCAUAUAAAUCUGGGAAUCAUAUUGCUCAGAUUACUGUUAAGAUGUAUCCUGUUAUCGUAUGUUUCUUUAAGAUUUUUUAGUUUUUUCCGCUACUUUUGCAUUAUGUUAUUAUUCAAAAUUUAAUUUCUUUUACACAAAGUAUACAGUCGCAACUAUUUCACUCUUGUAAAUGCUUAAACAAUUUUAGAAACGCGCGAUAUACGACAGAUUUGGCAGAAUCCUAGUUGGAAAUCCAGACGAAGUUAAGAGUAACGUGGAGUAUGUUUUGUUCGAGAAUCACAUCUCAAAUUUGGACGGUAAAUGGAGAAUUCAUGACAAGGUCUACCCAUCAUGGGCUACAGUAAAGGACAAGAUCGAGCGACCAAAUUUAUUAAAGAAAGCCGAGGAAGAACAAGAUGACAUCGACCGACCAGAAAAACCUGCUAAAUUUAAGUUGGGCAUUGAAGACACGUUGAGGAAACAGAUGAAAGAACAUAAGGAGAAAGAAGAGGACGGAUUAGCUUGA